AUGGAAAGCAACAUAUCAAAUCCUGCUAGAAAGGGUUCAGGAGAAGACGAUAAGGGUGCGACUGAGGUGCGCGUAGCCUUGGUUCUUGACUAUCAGGAAGAGAAAGCGUUGAUGCGCAAGGUUGAUUUACACAUGCUUCCUAUUAUGUUUACUGCCUACAUGCUUCAGUAUCUCGACAAGACUGCGCUAGGCAAUACUGCAAUCUUUGGAAUCCAAAAGUCAUUGAAUCUUGUUGGUGCUCAAUAUUCAUGGGCCUCCAGCGCAUUCUACUUUGGCUUCCUGGUCGCAUCCUACCCUGUAUCUCUAUGCUUCGUCAAAUUUCCUAUUGGAAAAUUCCUUUCCAUCUCCUUUCUUGUUUGGGCCGUGAUACUAGCAUGCCAUGGUGCCACGACUAAUUUUGCAGGUAUUACGACGGUUCGUGUCCUACUCGGGGGAUUUGAAAGUACAAUUAGCCCUGGUCUCUCUUUGAUCACAAGUCUCUGGUACAAACGGUCUGAACAUGUCUCUAGACAUGGAAUAUGGUUUGCAGGAAACAGCAUUUCGUCCAUUUUUGGUGGCCUGUUAACGUAUGGUAUCGGGCAUAUCAGCAACUCCGUUGAGCCAUGGAGGUGGAUCUUUAUUAUCUUCGGCAUUGUUACCUUCGCAUAUGGGAUUGUUUUCCUUCUUUACCUACCAGACAGCCCUCGCAAUGCCCGGUUCCUUUCCAAAGAAGAAGGAGAGUUCAUCCACCAACGUGCCCAGCGGGAAACACAUACUUCAGUCUCGUAUAAAUGGUCAAAAAGUCAAUUUCUUGAAGCGCUCAUAGACCCCAAGACCUGGCUUCUAUUUAUAUACGCCAUGGGAUCGUCUAUUCCAAAUGGAGGCCUCACAAGCUUUGGAGGCAUUGUUAUUGCUGGAUUCGGAUACUCAACCUUCAAUACCCUCCUCGUUUCUUUACCCAUGUCGGUUUUCACCUUUGCAUGGGUAGUUUUGGCCACUAUAAUAACCUCCAAAGUUCGAAAAUCGCGAUGCAUUACCAUUGCUACCUUGUCACUCAUAAGUCUAGCCGGCUGCCUCAUGGUCGCUCGGAUUGAUCCAAGCAAUAAGGUGGCUCGACUGGCGGGAAUGUGGCUUUUCCCUGCAUAUUCAGCUGGGAUUCCCAUUACUUUGAGUAUUAUUGCCUCUAACGUGGCUGGAUACACCAAGAGAACGACAGUAAGCGCAGUGAUGUUUAUGGGGAAUUGUGCCGGUAACAUCACUGGUCCUUUUCUAUUCUUCAAUGAUGAGAUGCCCGACUACGAGAGUGCCUGGAUUGGUAUUAUGGUUUCACUGGCUAUUGCAUUUAUCUCCAUUCUAGUCUUGCGCCAGCUACUCCACUUCCAGAACCAGCACCGUGAUCGCCAGCAGAAUAGGACUAUGGAUCCUGAAUCUUGCGAGGUCACUGAGACCGAGGGAUUUCUUCGAAUCGACAAGGAUGAGACUGACUGGGCGAACCCAGCAUUUCGUUAUCAUCUGUAG